CCCACGGACCUUGGAGCCGGGGCCUGGCCUGGCCGUGGCUCCUCUCCAUUGAAAAUGUUCUCCCUGGGGUCCUGGCUGCCAGCAUUCCCUGGGCUGGCCUGGGGCUGGGCACUGCUGGAUGCAUUCCUGCAAGGGCUGGUGGGUGCCUGCGCUGUCUCAGUGCUCUGCAGCCUCCUGAAGGUUUAUCUCUACGUCCAGUGCCUGCACAACCCCGAGAGGCAGGCGGAGAAGGAGGCGAUCCGGGAGCAGCGGGCGGUGCUGGAGCCGCUGCACGUGCUGGUGCUGACGGGGGUCCUGGCCCUGGUGGGCUCCCGCGUGGCCGCGCUGGUGGUGCUGGAGUUCUCCCUGCGCGCCGUGUCCACCGUCCUGUCCCACGGCAAGGGAGGGCACAGUGUCCCCGUUCUGGGUCUGGGGAGGGCACAGUGUCCCCCCGUGUGUCUCCAGCGCCGUGUCCCCACAGAGGAGGCCCGGCAGAGCGCAGAUGGGGGGCCGGUGUUCCAGACGGUCCUGGUGCGGAUGGGCGGCCUCUUCAUCCUCCUCCUCACCGUGGGCCGGUGGAGCGACAUCCUGCACGUGCUGGUGUCGCUGCUGGGGGAGCUGUGGUGCCUGCUCCACGCCGGGGUGCUGCUGCGGGCCUGCCGGGGGCAGGAUUCCAUCCCGCAGCCUCACUGGGACAGACAGCCGGGAUCCGGAUCAAAGGAAACAUCUGGAUGAGCAGUGGGGUGUGACCAGACAGCAGAGACUCCGGGGUGGCUUUGCCUGGCACCCCCAAAUCCUCCCCGUGGGGACUAAGGAAAAAGGGCUUCCAGAAGGUGCCCGACCCCGUCCCAUGGGAUAGAGGAGGUCGGGGGGGAAGACUCAUGUGGCCCCUGGUUUUUGGGGACCCCGUGAGGUUGCAGCACUGCUGGAGUUUGUUCCCUGGUCCCACUGGGAUCGCGGGAUGCUGAUGGAUGUCGCACCCUCACUGGCUGCGGGGCCACACUGUCACAGCGGAGGGGCUCCAGGGGGGCUCCAAA